GCUCGUGACAAAAAAUAAUUUUCUCGAGAAAAAGUGCAGCAAGCGCGAGAAAGGAAGAGAAAAUCAACGCCUCUACUCGAGAAAAUACGCGCUAAAUCCAACGGAUCCUUCCAUUCUCGUUCCGUCUUCCAUUCUCCUUCUUCUUCUCCCUCUUCCUCCGCCGCCGCCGCCGCCGCCGCCGCCGCCGAGUUCCGAGUCGGAGCAGCUCGCGCGGUCAACGGGCUCUGCUGAGUCGCACACUCGCCUCGGACGGUUUCCCCUCGCCGGAAGCAAAGAAUAUCCGCGAUCCAGAUUUAGUUGCCGCGUGGUGCAGAGAUGUUGGUGUCGGGACAUGAGUCUGGAAACGAUGCGUGCUCUACGAGCGCCAGCAAUAGUCAGCUCUUGCAUGAUAUUGAGGCAAUAAGCAAAGCUUUGUAUUUGCAUGAAGCCACUCAAAAGCCUUUGAUCUCCCCAUCAACUCAAUAUCCUGGAAAAGUUGGGUGGGUUGAAGAUAGAUUGGUUCCAAAAUCGGGAAAUCGGGAUGAAAAGGGAUCGAACAAGUUCAACAAAUCAUCGUCCUUGUGGAAUUGGAAGAAACCCCUAAAAGCCCUGUCCCAUCUCCGGGGCCGAAAGUUCGGAUGCCUUUUCUAUCUUCACGUGCACUCUGUUGAGGGUUUACCUGUGAAUUUUGAUGGUGUUGGUUUGUGUGUGGAAUUUAAAAGGAAGGAUGAGGUGUUAAAGUCACGACCAUCAAGGGUUCUAAGAGGAACUGCUGAUUUUGAUGACACUUUGAUGCAUAGAUGUACUGUGUAUUGCCAUAAAAGUGGGCCUCUCAACUCAUGCAAGUAUGAACCUAAGCUGUUCUCAGUUCGUACUUCUGUGAUUGGAACUCCGGGCGUUGAUGUUGGUGAGCACUGGGUUGAUCUCACCAGGCUGCUGCCUCUGACUUUGGAAGAGUUGGAUGGAGACAAAAGUUCAGGUAAAUGGACAACAAGUUUCAAACUUGCUGGCAAGGCUAAAGGUGCAACUCUGAAUGUCAGUUUUGGUUAUUCACUGGUAGGUGGAGGUAAUCUUGAGUCUAAUGGUAAUAUGACUGUUUCAGAGCUCAUAAACUUGGCAUAUAGUAGGUCAAACGCAAAGCAACAAGAUAGAGGAUUUCCUGAGAAUUGUUCAACUGAAAAGCUUCGGCGGAGUGGGAGUGUUCCAAGCGAUUUAAACCAUCCUUCUCUCCAUUUUGCACAGCCUCUUGAUGUUAAGGUGGGACAUGGUGCCUUUGUUGAUCAUGCUAUAGAAUUCUCCAAAUCGAUCCAUUAUCUCUAUGAGAAACUUGAGCAAGAUAUUUUGAGUGAUAAAUCGGGGUCGGAUUCAUCAUCGGAGAAUGUGAAGUCAUCAAAAGCAAAAUCUGGUCUCUGUCCUGAGCCUGCUAGAGAACCUAUAGAUGAUGAAGGAGAUGACAUAGACUUUGUUGUGAUAGACCAGGGAAUUGAAGUACCUCAAAGUAAACAGUUGAAUCCUGUUCAAGUUAGCAUUCAUACUCAAGAUUCUACAACUGAAGCACUAAAUAAGGAUGACACCCUCUUAGGCAAUGACUCACUCUGUCUGGACAAGAUGAAGUGUGAUUUAGUGGAUCACUUAACUGGUAGUACAACGACUGGGCUUGUAAUUGGUGAUAAUAAAAUAGGGGAGCAAAGUGUACAUGCAAAGCAGUCAGCUCUGGAAGUGGAGUCAAGUUUUCUUGAUGCGUUGAUUUUGGACUCAGCUGACUUGGGUUCUUUGCCUGCUUCAGUUCACAGUGAGUGUGAGGAAGACUACAUGGGGCUUAAAUAUAGUUAUAAAGCAAACAAAAAAGGAACCAAAUCGCAGAGUUUUAAUGAUAUUAGUGAACAUGUGACUAGUGAUUUCUUGCACAUGCUGGAAAGCGAGCGCAGUCUCUCUGGCUCAAAGUUCAAUGGCGAACCUGAGUCUCCCAGAGAACAACUCUUAAGAGAAUUUGAAAGAGAAGCUUUCCUUUCUGGCAAUUUUGUAAUAGAUUUUGAUGCCGCGGAGGAGCGGGUGAGAUUUGAUUGGGGGGCUUUAGUUGGAUCUUCUUCUGAAGAUAACCCUGCAGAUUCUAUUCUCACUUUAGCUCUUCAAGAUGCUGAAGAGGAAUAUGAGCAGUCUAGUCAGUCAUUGAGGCACAGAAGAAAGGUCAAAAUGCUUGAAGAUCUAGAGACUGAAGUUUUAAUGCGUGAGUGGGGGUUGGAUGAAAAAGCCUUUCAGAAUUCUCCUCGAUGUUCCUCUGGUGGCUUUGGGAGUCCAAUUGAACUACCUUCACAGGAGCCAGUUGAGUCACCUUUGCUUGGAGAAGGUUUUGGUCCAUCUAUUCAGACUGUAGGAGGAGGUUUCUUGAGGACUAUGAUGCCCUCGCUCUUCAGGAAUGCUAAAAAUGGCAUCAACUUAAUACUGCAAGUUUCUAGACCAGUUGUGUUACCUGCAAGAAUGGGUUCUAGUAACAUAAAGGUACUCCAGCACCUUGCAUCAAUUGAAAUCGAAAAGCUUUCUAAGCAGAUCGAUAAAGCCAUGCCUUUGGAGGACAUUACUGGUAGGACUUUGCAACAAAUAGCCUGUGAAGCUGCUUCCAAAACCAUAUGCAGGCAGGCUCUUUUGCAUCAUGAAACAGCAUCGAGCCAAAAAUUCAAGGAACAGGAGUGUGGUUUGAGCUGUCAUAACCCGGUCUCAGACUCGGCAUCUCUAGAAGAUGUUGUGCUCUUGGCCAUGGAUAAGAUUGAAGCCCUAACAAUUGAAGGUUUGAGAACUCAAUGUGGGAUGACAGAUGAGGAGGCACCUUCAAGAAUUAUUCCACACUUCGAAACGCCUGCUUCUCAAAGAAAUUAUGCAAAUUUUCAUGAGCUUAUGGGCUUGGAAGAUGAUGCAUUUCUCCUUUACGAUGUUCAUAAUGGUGACAAUGAUGCUUAUGAAUUGAUGGAUUUCUAUGUAACUUUGGAUGAGUGGUUGAGGCUUGACGCUGGAGUUAGUACUGGAAACCAGGAUGAAAGUGGGGAGAGCACUAGAAAGAUACUAGUGGUCCAUCAUGAAAAGUGCGAGGACAGCUCCAGAGAGAAGCUGAUUGAUGACAUACAUCCUAAUGAGGCAUCUGGUAUAAGGAGCGGCAUUUUACGGAACAACCUCACCGUAGCCUUCAGGGUGCAGCUGAGGGACCCUCUUAGAAACUUUGAAGCUGUUGGUGAUCCAAUGCUUGCUCUGGUUCAUGUAGAGAGAAGAUAUGUUCAACAAGAUGUUUCAGAGGGGAGAAAGGAGGAGGAAGACGACAAUAUGCCCGCGAGAGAUGGAAUAGCCAUUUCUUCGUUUAGAAUCACUGAACUCCAUCUGGCAGGCAUAGACGCCAAACCGGACGAGAAGCAUUCAUGGGGAACUACAAGACAGCGACAAUUGGGCACCCGGUGGUUAUUUGCAAGUGGUUUGGGUAAGGCUACUAAACAACCACUCGCGAAAUCAAAAGCUGUGGUGAAAUCAUCGCUAGGAGUGACGACAAAGGUGCCACGUGCAGAUAUUUUGUGGAGCAUCUCUCCUUAUGCUCAUGGCAUUGAAAGCAAUUCUAAGAAGUCUGGACGACUACCCACACACGUGCGAAAUCCCGACGUCAUCUUUCAUUCAUCUUUCUAAACGAAAGCUCACGUUCAGCAUCUUUUAUUUGAGCGAUUGUAAUCUAAUUGAAUAUUCCACUCGAUGCAUGCAAUGAUGUAUCCAUCCUUUGUGAAGAGGUGGAUCAUGUUAUUUUGUACAUAACUCCACAGUGAGUUGGUCUCCGAAACCAAAAGCUGGUUCAGUUAGUUAACAUGACCACGCAUCACAUUGACAGA